AUGCAACAAGAAACCGAAAGUUGUGUUUUGGACGAAGAUCCAUUGGCGGUAAGCAAUGAAAAAAGCGAAAACAAAUCGUCGCACGUGAGAGCUAUCCACCCAAGCAAGGAUCUAAAUAGAUAUAUAGUGGACAAGUUCCAUCAACCUACAGCCGAAUCAAAGGCCGCUCCUUUUGAAGCCAUCGAUCUUUCCAUCUAUAAACCUUCAGCUAGAUGCCUUGCUUUCUCGACAUCUGAAGAUCGCCUGUUAUUAUGGAUUGUAGCUUUCCAAUUUCGCUAUUAUGAAAUAACCGGAAAUGGAACCGAUUAUACUGUGAUAUGGGAAGAGCAAGACAACCCAAGCUCAACCUCGAAGUGCGAUAAAAUCUGUAUUCACCUUUCAAUGAAUACAUCCACUGGCGAAGAAAAAUUGGUAACCAUUACAGUUUUUGGUACAACUGGGAGGAUCCUUGUGCAAGGGAAAAAAUAUGAUGAAUGGAGCAAAUUCGAAUUUCCGGUGAUUCUGAAAAUAAUUGUCAACACUCUCAGCGAUAUUCAACCUCUCUCUUCACUCUCUUCAGUUGGAGAUGUUUCUGUCUUUGGAGCCUCGCUUCAAAACUUUUUUACGAAUUUCAUAACAUUUGUCAGAGAUGAUGACAUCCCAUCAUCAAAUAAUUUGGACGCCGAACUUCCCUCAACAACCAAACCGGAAGCUUUAUCGCCAACUGAAACACUAACAAUCUCGCCAACCCGUUUAAAGACAAUCUCAUCCAUGCGAGACACACUCGGGCAGCUAGAGGCAGAUUUUACAGAAUUUCAUAUGACCACUACCGGGGAUUUGGAACAGCUAAAAGACAAAACCGUUAAACAAGAUCACUUAAUUAAGCUACAAAAACAAUCAUCUGACGAUCUACUCAACGAUUUUUCCUCGCAGAUUACAUCACUCCAAAACAUAGUCUCUCAACAAUCAAGCAUCAUAAAAAAAUUGCAAGAUGAAAACCAGAUCCUCCACAAGAAACACGUAGAAAUUGACAAAGCAAAUCAGGCCCUGCAAGAAUCACAAAAUAAUCUGAUGACAGAAAUUCAUUUCCUUAAAGAACAAAUGACAGCGCUUUGGCAAAACUCGAAGGAACCUGACCCCCCCAGCCCUUCCUCACAAACCGAGUCUUCUUGCUCCGAAAACACCACUGACAGCGAACAAAAAAAUACGGACUGUGAGGCAUCCCGACUACCCAUCACAGCUCAAAAGCUUACAGUAAAUAUUCCCACGGAAAACAGGUUUUCGCUCCUCCAGAAUUGUGACACAUCUGACAGCUUAUCCAACACACAGCAAGAAAUUGUCCCGGAGACAAACACAGAAAAUAUGACUCCACCUACUCCACAAGACAUUGCGCCACCUCCAAUCCAAGCAUCAGUAAACAAUAACGCCGUUUUUCUGUGCGAUUCGAAUGGAAAAUUUAUCGACAAAAGAAAGCUUUUUCAGCCAACACAAGAUUUCACAUUCUUCAGAUGUCCCAAAAUUGAACACGCAAGGGCUAUUUUACAAGAUGAAAUUGAUAAAGAAUCGGCUGGACAUCCUCAAUUAAUCAUAAUCCACACCGGAACAAAUGAUCUUACUACAACCACGCCAAUAGACGACUUCAUCUCUGAUAUAUCUGUAUUAAUCACUCAAGCAUCUAGAAAGUUCCCAAAGAGCAAAAUCGUCUGUUCAACUCUCUUGCCGCGAACUGACAUUCCCCUGCAUACUUUAUCCAAAACAAGAAGACGCCCGAAGGCGUUUACGCGGGAUGUGUGGGUUUAAGAAAGAAUUACGGGUAUGUUGGAUGGCAAUGGAAAGUUGUGUAGUGUAUGCAACAAAUGUGUGCAGGAGAGACGGAGAUGUCCUGUUAAGGACUAAUACACUAGAAGAUGAGUUACACACAAGGGUUUCUUUGCUACUCAAAAAAAAACUUACAUCAAUAUUACCACCAUAUAUGUUAGGAGUAUGGGGUAGUUCACUAAAAUUUGCAUUCCUUUACUAAUGUCCUCAAAAAAUGCACUUCCACAUUUAACAAUAGCAUGUAAUGUAUCAUACUUUCAAUAACUAUAGGGCUGCAAGGAAGUGCUCUAGGAAAAAUUUCAGGGAGCCCUUUGGGCUCCCCAAGCAUUUUUAGUUGGGGUGCCCGGGCCUCCAAGUUGGUCGCCCAAAUUAAUAAAUCAAUGAGCUGUUAGUUAAUUAUUAAAAAUUAAACAAAUUAUUUUGUUAACAAGUCAAGCAGAAGUUUGUGAAUAUUUUUGUCAUGAAAAAAUCACAUCCCUUUGACCUCCUGAGCGUGUGAAAAAAAAAAACCGGCACGUUGUCAUAUGAAAGUAAGUUUUCGCGCCACAUGAGAAACAUGGACAACGCCGCCGAACAUUUCAUGUUUUUUAAAUGGCAAAGUAAAUUUGGGGUCAAAAAUAAGGGCAUUAUUCUUUUUACUAAUCAUUUUGAUUUAGGUUAGUAACUCUUUUGAAAAUGCAACCCCAUUAAUAGGCAAUCUAGUCGUGAAAAUGCGACCUCAUCCAGCGGCACAUCCCCAUUAGCCUCUUUAUAAGGAAGUGCCCCCCCCGGGCCGCGCUAAAACCAUUAUCUCUUUUGAAUAGAUUAUCUUGUUGUAAAGUCGUCGUUUAAGCGCAAAACGGAAGUAUUUUCUUUCUAUAUUACCGGUGAAAUGUUCAGGACAAAUGUAGAUUCGGUUAGCUUUUGCGUAUUUGUUUUUAGUACGUGAUACGUAAUGCCUUGUCACGACACGAAAGACAAUGCGGGAUUUAUACCCGAUUCUAGAACAAUCACAAUUACAAUAGUCGUCUCUUUUCUUUUUUAUGCAUCGUAUUUUACUGGAAUAACAAUCUUAGUUAUGUUUUAGCCUCGCAGACACAGUAGUAAAAAAAGGUAAAAAUAUUUAAAGAACAUAAAAGACCGACCCUUGUUUAUUCAGCGAUUUUUCAAAAUACAAAGCUAUUGUUUUGCGCGCCGACCGUACUUCACGCCUGUAAGAGCAAAAGUAACAAUUUGUUUUGAAAAUCUAACUAAUGAACAAUCCUAAUUUGAAGAAAAAAUUUCAAUGUUAUUAUGAAAAGCUGUUACUAUCGAAAACUGUGCAGCUUGUCACGUUCAUAGUCAAGGAUUAUGUUACAUGUGAAUUCACGUGAAACGACCUUUGAACAUCAACGCGUGCCCCGCUCCCGGAUUUAACAACAUUUUCCUAAAGCUUUUUGAUAUACAUGCUACUUAUUGCUACUUACAAGUCGACCUCAAGGGUUUCUUAGCGAGAGGAGCGUUCUUCUUAGGCCGCGAAGCCACCGAGAGAGCUACGAUUUCGCAAGUAAUAAAUUCUAGACAUUCUUAGCUUUUUGACGUUAACUCAACAGAGACAAGAAACCAACACAAGCAAGUCGCCCGGCUGGGCCACCUAGACAAUAUUUUCAGUCGCCCGAGGCCAAGUCUUGCGCCGUAUUAAGAGCACGGCCUUGAGUCUUCGUCCUCCUCUACACGGUGACCUUACUUUUCCCUCCUUUGCUGACGCAGUAUCUUUUUUCGGCUUGUGCAAUCCAGCCUGACUUGCACGUGCUUCGACGUUGCGGCCAAUAAAAAUCCACACAAUUUUUCGGGACGGGCACGGGAUACGGGAAAGUUAAAAAAACAAGCCAAUUUUUGACUCCCAAGACGACGAAAGGAAAGUGCUACCGAAUUUUAGACGCUGGCUGACUACGUCAUCCCGCGUAAUAAACACAAACCUUAUUGACAGCUGCUCAAAACUACCAAACGUCCAUCUAGUCAAUCAUGAAAAUAUCUUCUCCAAGGGAACUGAAGUGUUGCACGACAGAAAACAUCUUAAAAAAAGACACCUUGGUUUGUUCGCAGCAAACUUAAAAGCAGCCAUUCGUGGUAGAGGAAAACCACCUCGCGCCAACUCCAGCCAAUUGUACCGAUCCUCACUCUCUUCGCCGCACUCGUUUCACACUAGCCCUUCGGAAGGCUAUCCUCCCUCUAGCAAUGGUGUUCGGAACAUACACAGCCAAGUCCACCAAACUUCGCGGCAGCAACAACCUUUACCUUCCCGUUUCCCAUAUACAACUUCCUCGGGUGAUGCCUCUUAUAGUAAUGCUGUUAAAAACGGUCACAACACCUACAACAUUCCGCAAUCACCGCAACAGCAACAGAACUUUCCGCCGCAACACUACAAU